AUGAAGCUUUAUAGACAGCUACUGGUCACUCAGCAUCUAUCCAAGCUUAGAUUCUCAUGUGCUCGCUAUUCAACUUCAACCUGUCGAUAUGAAUUCCAAAUCAAAAAUACGCGGAACAUCGGGAUCAUCGCACACAUCGAUGCAGGAAAGACUACCACUACUGAGCGUAUGCUCUACUAUAGUGGGUUGACUAGACGUAUUGGAGACGUUGAUGAAGGCUCAACUGUUACAGACUUUCUUCCGGCAGAGAGAAGUAGAGGAAUUACCAUUCAGUCAGCUGCAGUCACAUUUCGCUGGCCACCACUUAACCAAGCUACUACAAGCCACGAUGGACAUAAUGCUUGUGUAUCGUACACAAUAAAUCUCAUUGAUACACCCGGGCAUGCGGAUUUUACAUUUGAAGUACUCCGGUCGCUAAGGAUUCUAGACGGAGCGGUGUGUAUACUAGACGGCGUUGCAGGAGUUGAGGCUCAAACGGAAAAAGUGUGGGGUCAAGCACAGAAAUUUAAGAUUCCAAGAAUAGUUUUUGUUAACAAACUGGACCGCGUCGGCGCCGCAUUCGGAAGGACUGUCAGACAGAUUGGAUCGCGCCUUCGUGGUUACCCGGCAGUGUGUCAGAUUCCUUGGUUCGAAAAAGAGACUGGUAAAUUUAGAGGAAUCGGGGAUGCAGUUAAUCUCCGCGCCCUAUGGUGGAAAGGAGAGAGUGAUGGAAAAAAUAUACAGAGUUUCGAUAUGAAAGAACUCUUGCAAGAGGAUCCAAAUUUUCAUGGGGAACUCAUUAAAGCACGCAUAGCUCUUGUCGAAUCUAUUUGUGACUUUGAUGAGCAGCUUUUUGAAGAGUGGUUAGCGGUGAAUGAUGAUAGUCUAUCUAUUAAUGCGCAAAGUAUUUGGGCUAGCAUCAGGAGGUGUUUGAUUGAUGGCUCAGGAAGGCUCGUUCCAGUCUUUGCAGGAGCGAGUUUUCGAAACAUCGGGAUACAGCCACUCUUAGAUGCUGUCAACGAUCUUUUACCAGAUCCUACUGAGAGGCCUGAUCCAGAAGUAAGUAUCGAAAAUCAAAAGUGUGGAUUAUCCGAGAUUUUACAGGGAAGAUUGGUUCCAAACUUUACGAAAAAUAUUAAGUCAGCCACGAUGAAAACCUUAUCCAAUUCCUUGGUAUCAAAAAUAGAAGCAUGUGCACUAGUUUUCAAGGUUGCCAGCGAUAUUCGUCGUGGAGUCUUAGUCUACGUCAGAGUCUAUCAUGGGAGACGUGUCCUGCAGAUGCAAGCAUCUGAUGCGGUUGAGAUAUCUUGUUUAGAUAAAGGCCAGAUCGGUGUGAUAACUGGACUAAAGUAUGCACGAACUGGAGAUACUUUAAUCGCGUAUCCGAAUUUCAAUCCAAAGAUUGGGCCACCAUCUCCCUUGAACGUAGUCCAGUUGAGGCCAAUAGAUAUUCCGCCACCAGUGUUCUUUGCUGCCAUCGAGCCCCACAGUAUUGGUGAAGAGAAAAAUGUGGCUGAAACACUAGGGCUUUUAAUAAGAGAAGAUCCCAGCUUAAACUUAAGUAUAGAUGAAGACUCUGGCCAAAUGCUAUUGAGUGGGAUGGGGGACUUGCAUCUCGAAAUAGCCCGGGAUCGACUGAUUAAUGAGUAUAAAGCAAAAGCGACCAUGGGAAACAUUGAAAUCAGCUAUAGAGAGUCCAUUUUACAUGCGACCCCUGAAAAUCAUAUAGUUUUUGAUCGAGAGAUUGCCGGAAAGAAGGCAAAAGCUGCAUGCGGAGCUAUAAUCGAGCCUAUUGUUCAACUAGCUACUGAUAUCCUACAGAAAACUGAUAAUUUUACAACCAUUCAUAAUGGAAAUCUUAUUACUGUCAAAUUUCUCAAUUCGACGUCGCCAGAGGAGCUGAACCAAAAGCUGCCUCCUGACUUGUCGUCCUCCCUUGUUCAAUCUUCCUUGACUAAUGGUGUAAUUUCAGCAUUAUCUAGGGGACCUCGUCGCUCCUAUCCUCUUCAUAAUACCCAUGUCACAAUCAUCAUCAAUGUAGAAAGCGAUUUAUUCAGUAAGGAGACUACACCAGCUGCUUUAGCUUCAGUAGCACGAUUAGCAGUUCAGGAUGCUCUUAAAGAAUCCCAUUCGAAUGGUCACAUCAUCAUUUUGGAACCCCUAAUGAAAGUUCUCAUAUCUUGUGACGAUACCUCUUUAGGUGCCAUCGUGCAUGAUAUAUCUGCCGCCCGUGGCGGACAUGUGGUUUCAUUAGGAACCGGAAUCAACGAAGAAGAUGCCAUCGAGCUGCCACCCAUAGAUAUUAAAAAGAUCUAUGUGCCAAAAGAUAAUUUUACAAUCACAGACAUCAACGAUGAUACCAACAAUACUGGACAGCGACGACAGGUUAUCGCUAUGGUCCCUUUGAAAGAGAUGAUUGGAUAUCUAAAGCAUGUCCACAGUUUAACAGCUGGAAGAGGAACAUUCAUCAUGAACUUUCAUCGAUUUGAGCGCCUAAAAGGACAUAGAGAAAGGGUCCUUUGA